CUUUGUUCACCAUGGGAACGUUUUUAUCUUAACAGUGACAGCAGAUGAAUUAUGGCGUGGUGUACUGGCAGAAUUUGGUGCUGGUGCACGAAAGGGCAGAGGUAAACGAACUAAAAGGAAGAUGAAGAAAGAUUUGAAUAGAGGCCAGAUGAUCGGUGAAGGGCGAGCUGGGUUCCUCUGGCCUGGUUUGAAUGCUCCUGUUGUAAAAAGUGGAACCAUUCAAUCAAUUGGAAAACGUGACCAAUCCCAGCAGGAAGUGUUGCAGGCUGAAGCCCUGAGAGAACGAGAGGAAUGGGACAAGAGAAGGAAAAUAAAAAUCAAAAGAGAAAGAGGCUGGACUGGAAACUCCUGGGGUGGUGUCAGUCUGGGUCCCCCUGACCCUGGUCCUAAUGGAGGUAUUUAUGGCAGGUCAGACAAACCUCACUGAAUUUUUGAAAAGGUGACUAAAGUAAUGGACAGGCGGAAUGUCUAUGGAUGCUAUUUAUGUGGAUUUCCAAAAGGCAUUUGAUAAAGUUCCACAUAAGAGACUGUUAACAAAAGUAGAAGCCCAUGGAUGGAAAAGUGGUUGAGUGGCAGGUGACAGAAAGUACAGAUAAUGAGUAGGUACUCAAAUUGGCGGGAUGUGACCAGUGGUGUACAACAAGGAUCUGUAUUAGGGCCUCAAUUAGUCACAUUAUAAACGACUUGGGUAAUUGCAUUGAAAGUCAUAUCCAAAUUCAUCAGAAAUAAUUACUAGAAUUGGGAAGCAACAGUCCACUGAUGAUUUGGAAAGCAAUCAGAAAAAGUGCUAGGCAAGGCUGCAUUCUAUCUCGGGCUCAUUUUCCCCUUCUACAGUGAAUGCGUUCCCAAAAGGAAUGGAAGCAGGAGACAAUACCACUAGGCCAUUGCCUCCCCCAUUCACAUCGCCAUACUGCUAGGCAAUGACCAUGUGCAACUAAAGAGAAUGUAUCCAUUGUCCUUUCACAUUCAAAGGCAUUACCAUCACUGAAUACCCUGCUGUCAACGUUCUGGGCGUUACCAUUGAAGAAAAACUGGACUGGACCAGCCAUGUUAAAAACUGUGGCUACAAGAGUAGAAUAAUUCACCUUCUCUCCCUCCAAUGCCUGUCCAAGGCACAAGUCAGCACAUGUGAGGGAAUAUUUUCCACUUGCCUGGAUGGAUGCAGCUCCAAAAACACUCAACAUUCGGCAUCAUCUAGGACUGAGCUGCCUGCUUGGAUUGUAUCCCAUGUAUCACUUUCAACGUUCAGUCCCUUCACCACAGAUGUGCAGUGUGUAGCAUCUGCAGAUGCCAAAACUCCCAAAGCACCUUUAACAGCACUUUUGAAAUCCACAACCUCUACAGCCUAGAAGGACAAGGAGAGCAGGUGCCUUGAGAACUCCAUAAUCUGCACAUUCCCCUUCAGGUCUCUCUCAAUCCUGAUUUGGAAUUUUGUUGCUGUUUGUUCACUGUUGCUGGUUCCACAUCCUGGAACUCCCUUUCUAACAGCUGCAUGUGGGUUCCCCCACACUCCAAGAAUUGCAGUGGUUCGUUAUGGACCCGACCAAACCCUCUUCAAGCAUAUCAAGGAAAUAGCCUAGACACUAACUUUCAUCUUACUGAAAGGCAGGUGUAAGGUGCUGUGUUCCAGAUGUAAUUUGAUUGGUUACACUAUUCGGCUUUAAGUAAAAUACACUUUAUUCUUACCCUACAGUUAAAAAAGAAAGAACAAUUGGUGUAACUUUAACUCUACUGGAAAAGUUAACAGAAUAAUAGAGUAUUUCACUACUAAACAGCAAUUGUUCCGAUAUAGUUGCAUCCCGUAAAUGCACCCUUAGCAAAGGCAAAGUCAGUAAAACAGACUGUGUCUCACGUGCGAUUCUGGCAGCUCAAGCUUUUAGCUGUAGCAGAGAGAGAUGUAGCAGCUUGCACAACCAGCUUCAGAACCUCACCAACUACUGAAAGUUAAACUAAAACCCUGGUUCUGUGGGAGCCUGACUCUGCCCAUUCAUGCUGCUUCUAUUAUUCCAACAUUUUUUUUAAAAAAACCAAAGGCCUCAAAGUUUUUAUUUUAUUGGCGUGGAGGAAACCACUCUGCACCUAUGGCUCAAAACCUAUCUUAAAAAAAAAAGGACAAAAUACACCUCUUAAAGCCAUAGUAUCGCCACAGGUUUAAGAAGGUGGAUUACCACCACCACCUUUUUUUUAAGAGUAAUUGGCAAUGGGCAAUAAACGAUGCCCUUGAUAGUGGUGCCUUCAUCUCAUGAACAAAUAGUGAAAAGUGAAGCAUGGGACAGUGGGACAGAGCAAGGGAAGAAGAUCAACAGCUUUGAAAUGUGCUGCUUAAGAAGGAUCCGAAGGGUAAGCUAAAUGGAGAAAAGAACUUUACAAAGUACUGACCCAGGCCAGCAGAACAAGAGAACUCUUAAAUAUUAACAAACAGAAACAUAUGGUGUUGAUCAGUCAUUUUAUCUGUGCAGAAAUGUUGGAACUUAAUGACCUCGAAGAAUUAAUGGAAGAUGAGCAAGAGGCUGACAGAAAAGACAAUAUCGAGACAGUCUUAACGGUUGGCUUCUCCAGAACUAUGGUACUGUUGCUGUGGUUGGAAAGUUUGAAGGUCUGUUCUAGCUUGUGCCACUCUGUAUCACACGUAGACCAGACCACCAAGUUAUGUUUGCUGCCACUGGCUACAUUCAACCUGGUGUGGCAACUUGAGAGCUAAUCAAGAUUUUUUUUAUUUGAAAAUAAAUAAGUGAAAUUUUCUUUCACUGUAUUAUGAAGAUGGGGGAAGUUGAAGGGAGUGACAGCCUAGUGGUACUAUCGCUAUACUAUUAAUCCAGAGGUAUUGUUCCGAUGACCCAGGUUUGAAUUCCACCAUGGCAAGUGGGAAUUUGAAUUCAAUAAAUAUCUGGAAUUAGGAGACAAAUGACGACCACAAAACAAUUUUCAAUUGUCAGGAAAACUCCAUCUGGUUCGCGAAUGUGCAGCUGGGAAGGAAGCUGCCAUCCUGACCUGGUUUGACCAACACGUUACUCCAGACCCAGAGUAGUUGGUUGACAGUUGAUUGCCCCUGGAAUGUUAGGGAUGGGUAAUAAACGCUGGGUAAUAAACGCUGGCCUAGCCAGUGACACUCACAUCCCAUGAAUUAAUUUUUUUUAAAAAGGUAAUAGUAAAUGAUUUCAAUAUAAAAGAAAAUCCUGUAGACUAUAAAAUAGGUGUCUCAUUUUUUUAUAGCAUCUUAUGUGACUGCUGAAGUAGAAUUUAGUACCUCUAUCUUAUAAAGUUAAUAAUGACAAACCAGUGUUUAUAGUUUACUUGGAUUUUCAGAAGACUUUGGAUAAGAUUCCACAUAAGAGAUUAGCAUGUAAAAUUGACACAAAUGGGAUUGGAUGUAGUGUACUGACAUGGAUAAAGAACUGGUUGACAGUCAGGAAACAGUGUAAGAAUGACUAGGCCAUUUUCCAAAUGGCAGGCAGGGAAUAGGAUACAAUAGAGAUCAGUGCUUGGACCACAGUUAUUCAUAAUAUAUAUUUAAUAGUUUAGAUGAGGGAACUAAAUGUAAUAUCUCCAGAUUUGUGGAUGGCACAAAGCUGGGUGGGAAAAUGAACUGCAGGUAUUAUGCAAAGAUGCUUCAUUGUGAUUUGGGCGAGUUGAAUCGGCAAAUGCAGAAACAGCAUAUUGAUUUGAAUGAUCAGCCAUGAUCAUAUUGAAUGGUGGAGCAGGCUCGAAGGGCCAUAUAGCCUCUUCCUUCUAUUUUCUGUGUUUCUUAUCUUGUUAAGGCAGAGAUUUCAGCUAGCACAAUAAAAUUUUAAUACCUCCA